AUGGUUUCCCCGGGACUCCUGACUGUUCCCAUUGAAACAAGGGAAAAUCCAGAAAGAACCUUUGACUUGGUACUGAAAGUGAAAUGUCAUGCCUCGGAAAAUGAAGAUCCGGUGGUCUUGUGGAAAUUCCCAGAGGACUUUGGAGACCAGGAAGUACUACAGAGCGUGCCAAGGUUCUGUUUUCCCUUUGACGUUGAAAGGGUGUCUCAAAAUCAAGUCGGACAGCACUUUACCUUUGUACUGACAGACAUGGAAAGUAAACAGAGAUUUGGAUUCUGCAGACUCACAUCAGGAGGCCAAAUGUGCUUAUGCAUCCUCAGUUACCUGCCGUGGUUUGAAGUAUAUUACAAGCUUCUAAAUACUUUAGCAGAUUACUUGGCUAAGGAGCUGGACAGUGAUCUGAACGGAACUCUCACGACGCUCUACAACCACCCCGUCCCCAAGGGCAACAGCCCGGUCAGCCUGACUGUGAACCAAGAGAUAUUUAUUGCCAGUGAGCGAGUUCUGAAAGAUCAGCCCUCCCUAGUGCCGAGGAACCUGACGGAGUACUUUGUGGCGGUGGACGUGACCUGCAUGCUGCAGCUGUACGCCAGCAUGCUGCACGAGAGACGCAUCAUUGUCACCUGCAGCAAACUCAGCACGCUGACGGCCUGUGUGCACGGAUCGGUGGCUCUGCUGUACCCCAUGUACUGGCAACACGUGUACAUCCCGGUGCUUCCCGCGCACCUGCUGGACUACUGCUGUGCCCCAAUGCCAUACCUGAUUGGAGUACACUCCAGCCUCAUAGAGAGAGUGAAGAAUAAAUCAUUGGAGGAUGUGGUUAUGUUAAAUGUUGACACAAACACUUUAGAAUCACCAUUUAAUGACUUGAACAACCUACCGAGUGAUGUGAGGAACAUGGAAAUGGACUUGGCUAGAGAAGUAAACGGGGCCAAGAGGAGAAACGACACAUGUUUUGUAGGCUCUUGGGAAGCUCUAGUGGAGGAAGAAGACGUUCAGGAGGAGAAAGGAGGAAAGUCGUUGCCAGAGUUGGUCUUUGCGAGAGCAGAGACCUUCGUGUGUAACACGGAGGAGGGCAGCAGAUGUGAUGCGUCGUCGGGCUCGCAGGAUUUCUCAUUUAAUGGCUUCAGUCUGGGUGAGCCCAUCACUUUCUGUGAGGAGAGCUUUGUGAAGCACCGCUCAAGUCUCAUGAAACAGUUCUUGGAAACGGCAGUUAACCUCCAACUUUUCAAGCAGUUCAUCGAUGGUCGGCUGGCAAAACUAAAUGCAGGAAGGGGCUUCUCUGAUGUCUUUGAAGAGGAGAUCACUUCAGGUGGCUUUUGUGGAGGGAACUCAAGAUCAUAUCAACAAUGGGUACAUACAGUCAAGAAAGGAGGUGCGUUAUUCAACUCAGCAAUGACCAAAGCAACUCCCGCUGUACGGACAGCAUAUAAAUUUGCAAAAAAUCACGCAAAGCAGGGAAUAAAGGAGGUGAAGAGUAAACUGAAACACAAGGAAAGUGAGGAUGACUGUGGGCCAUGUCCUGGCUCUGUGCAGUACACGCCCGUGUACACAUCACACAGCGAGAAGGAAGGAAACCCCGAGAGGCGUCAGCUCCCCCAGGCACGCUUAAAAAGGCCUCCGAAGAGCCUCGAUGGUGCUGUGUACGGGGACGACGACGAGGCCAUGGAAAGAGCCAGCAAGCUGUCAUCUGAAGAUGGCGAGGAAGCCUCUGCUUAUUCUUAUGAAAGUGACGACUCUGUGGAAACACGAGUAAAGGCUCCUUACUCAGGCGGAAUGGACUUACUCGGCGAGAUUCUGGAUACGCUGAGCACUCACAGCUCUGAUCAAGGAAAGCUGGCAGCAGCCAAGAGCUUGGAUUUCUUCAGAUCAAUGGAUGACAUUGAUUACAAACCGACGAGUAAGUCCAAUGCUCCUAGCGAGAAUGACCUGGCCCUCCUUGGCAGCGGCUCUGGUGAUCGAGCCGAGUGGCACCUCGGGCAAGAUGACAGCGCCCUCCACGGCAGACACCUCCCUCCGUCCCCCAGGAAGCGGGUCUCCUGUAGCGGCCUGACGGAGCCUCUGUGUAUCCUGAGAGAGGAGAACAGCGACAAAGCCCUCAGUGCUGACCACGUGAGCGGGCCGAGCGGCGUGGAAGAACCAGCGCCCGGUUCGGGCUUGGAUUUCCAGCCAGCCUCCACGGAAGCUGCCCACACCGAAAAAGGAACAGCAGAGAGGAAGGAAACACUAAGCCAGGUUUCAGAUGACCUGCUCGCCCCCAGCCUUGGGCGACGUCCGUCGUCUUCUGUUCCUUGGGAGAAAGAAGGAAAGGGAGCCACGGGGACGUGGGAGGGCGUAGGACUGCUUCACGAGGUCGCGUCACUGUGUCACAUGACGUCCGCCUUCCAACAAGACUUAAACAUUUCAGAAGAAACCACGAGUGGAAACCAAGCUCAGAUCAACAAUUAAGAGUCCGUCCUUUGCAUCCAAGCUUCUAUGGAGACAUUCUAGGAUUCCAUGUAAUUGAUACAGUAAACAAUCAUUGUAGGAACGGCAACUCUUGCUACUGUCUAAAAAAUGAUUUUUCAGUUGGAACAUCGCUCGUUUGCCUCGUGGGUAUAUAUUAUCCAUAGAUUUUUAAGUGUAAAGCUAAUUCUUCUACUGUGCUCUUAAACCAGGUACUAGUUGGUACGUCUGUUGAAAGUAUACAUUGCACAUGAUUUCCCAGUGUUCGGUGCUUGACGCCACUCACCUUAUUUAAACUAGAAUGCCUGUGUAACCCCGGCGCAUAACCAGUAGCUGCUGUACUAAUCUGGUUGAGCAUGAACUGAUCAAGAUGUUGAAACUUAUCAGAACUACCCUUGAACUGCUAGAACUAUUGACCCACUAAUUGCCUUAAUUUUAUGCCUAUAGUAAACAUACUUAAAUAAUUUAUGGAAUUACUUGUAAAUUCUGCAAGAUAAGUAUAAGUGUUCUGUAGAGCAAUAAUGCUUUUUCUAUUCAUUGAAUCAAAGACAAAUUCUUUUUUUUUUUUUUCAUUAGUUAGAAAGCUCCCUUGUGGACACUGCAGCCAUGUUUCCCAAAAAAGUAUAAGGUCCACAUUCACUUUUCACUCAGUGAAAUAUAUGAAGUGCUGAAUGACAAUGUGAAAUUAGUGACUUCUGUUUACAAAUGGGACACUUCAGACACUUCCAUAGUCCCUCUGUAUGCCUUCGCUUUCUAGGAAUCCACCCCCAGAAAGCCACAUGCCACAUAAACUGUCCUGAUAAAAAAAUGCUCCAGUCUUUUUUUUUUCUUAACUGAUAAUUAUCUAAAUGCUUUCUAUUAUCUCAGAUUUCCCUUCUACGAGAAUUGACUUGACCCUUGACCAGUUCGAGGUGUGCAGGAAAAUUGUGAGGAAAGUGCAGACUUGCCGAGAGUCCCUGCCCGCAGUCUCCCGUUGCUGAUGCCGUAUGUGGGGGUGGUGCAUGCGUCACAGUGAACGGACCACCCUGAUGGUCUUAGGUUUCCCCUAACGCCCCUUUUCUGUUCCGGGUCCCAUCCAGGAGGCCACGGGACAUUGGUGGGCAUGUCUCCUUAGGCGCAUCUUGGCUGUGACCGCUGCUCAGACUUGCCUUGGUUUUGAUGACGAUUUGAGGAGUACCGGUCAGGUAUAUGGUAGGAGGCCCCUCUGUUAGAAUAUUUUUCUCAUGGUUCCACUGGGAUUGUGGUUCAGGAGAGGAGGAUUACAGAAGUGCCACUUUCAUCCCAUCCUCUCGAGGGUCCACGCUGUCCACGUGACGUGUGAGUGUUGAUGCUGACCUCGAUCACCUCGCUGAGGUCAAGUCCAUCGGGUUUCUCCACUUUCAGGUUGCUCUUUGCCUCCCUUCCCAUGCUGUGGUCUUGGGACGAAGUCGCUGUGCACGGCCCACACUUACGGAGUGUGGGCUUACGCUGCCUCUCCUUGGGGGCAGGGGCCAACAUAUAUCAGCUGGGAUUCUGCACGGUGGACUUGUCUCCUCCCUCAAACUCACUGUUAAGCUUUGAAGUUCAUCUAGAAGGAACCACGCAUUGAUUGUUCUGGGGGAGGCUAGAUUGACAGGUGUAGUCAGAAAAAGGAUCGGGGAUGUUAACGGUUAAUUUGUUAUUAGUAUGUUCAGUAUGUAUAUGCUCUACAUUCCCAAUCAUGAUUCAUUUUUCAAAAUUGUCAUUUUAGAAAAGGUGUUUGAGAAGCCAUUCAAGAACCCCAUCAGGACUGUACCCUAAAAUGUUUACUGAAGAAAUUUAAUUUUCAGUUAAAAACAAAUCUUGGAAGGGGUUUGUUAAAAACAUUGCUUAAAAAUGUUGAUUCAGGUCAGUAUAAAUAAUUUAAAGAAAAUGACCAAGCUUUUUUUGUUUUUAAACUACAUUCUAAAAUCUAUAUGGACAUCAUGUUUUAUUUGGGACUAUUAUUCAUUCUUGUUUAUAAAGGAAGACAUCUUGUUUUCCUCAUAAGGAUGGACUCUGUGUAUAAUAAGGAAAAAAGUGUUUGGUUCUUAUUUUUGAAACACAAAAGUAAGACUCAAGGUUCUUGUCUAAUUUAGUUUUUAUAUGCUCAGUACAAAGUUCCAUUGUGCUUUAUUGAGGUUUAUAAUAAAAGGAGUCCAUUUAUCAGAAGAGCUGUUUUAAAUGAGAAGGAAAAAACAUCACUCUGCCUAUUCACCUGCUUGGCAAAUAUCCCUUCAUCAUUUUUCAAAGAAAGUCAAGCAAGUUAAAAGUUAAGCCUUUUAACAUGAACAUUGGAAUGAGGUAUUUUUUUUCCUCCAGAAUUGAUAGUCUAAGGAAUAAGAUCAUCGUGAAUGUAGCAUCAGCAAAAUUUAGGCCUUGGUCCGUUUGCUUAAUAAACAUCACGGUCUUAGAAAAGUAAGAUGUUUGGCCAUGGCCCUGUGUUGUUUUGAGGAUACUCAGCCACUCACAAGUAACGUUUCUGUCAGGUAUGUAAAACUAGACGUGUGCCUUAUUUAACAUGCAAAACAGCUGUUCUAUUUCACAUUAAGAACUAAACCAAAAAACAAAACCUCUGCGUGUUAUUUUUGGAAAAAAUCCAAACUAAUGGUAGCAAGUGUUAAGUAUUUUCAACCAUCAAAAUGUUGAGUAUUCAGAGUGUGCUUUAAGCUAGUCUUCCCAGUGCUCUGGUAGAUAACGGGAGAAGAAAGUGAAAUUGAGGAGCGUUCUGGAAGAAAAAAAGUGUUACCUUAUUCUCUGUUCAUAUUAUCUAUAACAACUGAACCAAAUAUUUUGAGUGCCCCCUGCUGUUUGACUUUUUGUUUUCAAAGAAAUAACGCCUGUUGUACAACAGAACUCUAUCAAUGAGGCGACUUCUGGCUUUGGUACGGAUCUUGUGGCUUCUAAACAGCCGUGUUUCUCCCCAAACCCACCCCAGUGCCGACCUGUUGCCCUCAGAUGUUGUUACCUGUGGUGUUCUGGGGUAGAAGAGCAGUGUGUGAAUGCAGGAAUUGUUUUGUUAAGUGAUAGUGUUGUCAAGUAGGAUAUUUUAAUGGUUACCUCCUUUAGCCUAUUUUAGAAAGGCAUCACAAUAUGCCAUGGUUGUUUUCUCUGAUUAAAAAUUAAUAGCUCACUCAUUUAGGAAGUAUUUAUUUCCUAAAUGAAAUACGCAAGGUACACUAGCUGAGGAUGUAGAGAAAUAAAAUAAUUGACAUAGUCCCUGCUGUGAAGGAACCAAUUAAAAGGGAAAGGAAUUGCAAAUCUCUAAUAAUAAUAAUAAUAACAAUAAUAAUAAUAGCUUAGAAGUUAUGAGUCCAAGAUUCUAACGCCAGUCUUUUAAAGCUGCUGCAUCUAAAGUGUGGCCUGAGUUCCGAACCACAGCGCCGCCUCAGACGUCCACGUGUGUGGUUACAUGAAGUGUGUUUGAUGACGCUGCCCUCUGAGAUGCCUCCUUUUAAAGGACAGACUCAGAGGCCCGUAGAGACUCCGCAUCUGGUUCUGCUGUCACCGCUGUGUGCAGUCUGUGAACCAGGCAGCACGGGGCUCCCUGAUGCAGUGGCGCCCCUUUGGGUACUUAGGGCCGCUGGCUGUACUGUGUAGGGUGAGGGAGUGUGGGUGCACGUUGGCCGGAGGCCAGUUUUGACGUCUUUAUCUUUAACAUCAUUCUCUAGAAUCAGUCCCUCCCUUUUCAGGUAAAAUUGCACAUGACAGUGCUGUUGACAGCAGUCUGUGCUAAUGCCCUAAUAACAGGACCCAGGACUGCUAAUGAAUUCGGUAUUUCUUAAGUAAAGUGAAGAAAUAGACCCCUGAUCAAGAGAAAACUGUGAACGUUCUCAUAAUCAGUAGAUCUUCCUUCUCUUCUAGAAAACCUGGAUUUUCAGGAAAAGGUUAUUUGCAUGAAUAAAAUUUCUAAAGCAAAUACCAUUUUGUUUAGCAUAAAAGACCUUGACUCUGGGUAGAUGUUUGUAAAUCAGAAUAUAAAUUUAAGAAUGUCAAAUGAAUACCUGAAUCUAAUUCCCCCACCUCCCAAAGUGCUUCUCAACAGAAGAGUUUUUACAAACCCCAUCAAUACGGAUCUCUCACCUUCCUCAGACCUAUAAUUUAUUCGUGUGUUUCUUAAAGCUUAUUUAAAAAGCGGAAUUCUUUUGAUCAAACCAGUUCAGAUUUUGAUUUGGUCAAGGUAGGGAAUUAUGUGUAUUUAGGAAGAUGCAUGCUUUAUUUUGAAAAUAAUAGGAUUUGUGCAAUAUUUUUCUUGCAUAAUUUAGUUCAUGUAAAUAUGCACGUCUGCUUUUCUAGCAGAUGCCUUAAGGUCAUGUUUUUCAGUAUUUGUGUAAAACUGUGUGUAGCAAUGUUCUGUGUGAUUUUAGAAAAAAAUAUAGUCUUUAUAUUGUUGGCAGGAGAAAUGUUUUUAUUUAAAAUAAUUAUGAAUAUUGCAUUAUUGUAUCAUAGCUAACUGCCUCAGCAACAAUAAAUAUGCAAUAAGAAAAUCCUGAACUUUAGAUUAGCAUUGACAAUAUUGUUACUUUAAGGAGAAAUGUAUCUAGUGCAACUGGCUGAUUCUACUUGUGUGCAUUGAACCAACACCCUGUCUGCACCACAUACAUCUAAAUGGCAUUUGUAUGGCGAUGACUAUUUACGUAGAUUGUAACAUCCUUUGGGAUGAACCUUUGGUAAGAUUUAUAAAGGGCAUUGCCAACACUUUCUGACUGUCUGUAAAUUGAAUUAAUUUUUGUAUAAUGUACAGUUUGGUUAACCUUAGAGCACCUAUAGAUUUCUACUUUUAUUAUACUUGAAUCAGGCAGAAAAGCACUGUGGAAAAUCCACAGCUCUGGAUGCAAUACACAAAUAAAUAUACCAAAAAAAUCAGACAGGGUACUUACUUUGCAGGAGUGUUAACUGGAUGCCUUAUAUCCAGAAAGCUGUGUGUUUUCAAACUCAUACUUUAGUGAAGGAAUUGAACAUAUACAAUCAUUGGUCUCUCAAAAGGUUAUAGUCACAAAUGAUUACCUCUUUGAUAUGAGAAACCUCUGAGUCUCUUGAUCUCUGUGUAAUUUCAGUUCUCAGAUGAGAGCCUUGUCGGGGGACAGUAACCAGUCACCCUCUGGUGGCUUACGUGAUGUUAAGGAGAGGACAGAAUUAGAACUCGGCACGCACAUCAGCUCACCGUCCCUCAGGUACCAUGGCUUCCAUAUGGUGGUUUUCAGGACCAUUUAAUAACCAGACACCCAAGACGAGAUUUUCUGAGUCUGCUCUGAUUUAUUAUAAUACUUAGAGCAACGCCCGAGACAGCAAACUAGGAUGAACUGCAUGAAACCUACAAUGCGUCAGGCUGUUUUACUUAAAGGUACAUGAGAAGCUCACAGUUGAACUUUUCCAAAACUUGUUUCUUUUGCUUUAAAUGGAUAACUGUGUAAAAGGACUGAGCUUUUUUUGCCGGAUGUGGUGACAGAUAUCUGUGAAAACCUACCCAGCAUUGAGACAUGCUUCCUUGUCCCAGCAUCCUUGAGGCUGCAGCAUAAAUCAUCUCUAAAGUUGAGUACUACUGGGAGAACUUUGUGCAUCAAAGUAUUGUUUGGGGAAUUUAAUAAAAAUAUGCAUAAAUACUGGAUGAACUACACAUUGCCAUUAAGUGCCCAACAAUGCAGUUACGAAAUAAAAUUGGUCAUCGUCAAAGC